ACGAUUUUUGAGUAGUUUGAAGAUGCUUCUUCUUCUGAGCUGUUGGAUGAUUGCAGGGGUUACAGCAAAGGACCAACCAUCGCUGCACUACCGAGUGAAAAACAGUUCAAUAUGUAUACAGGUUGAAAAAUCACUUCGUCAAAAUACGUGGCUUCUUAACAAGAAGGCUAUUGUUUUAGAUAAAAUCAUCACACCCAGAUACAAAGACAAAGUGGAUUAUGAUCCAAUUAACCACACCUUGUGUAUCAACAAACUCACUGAGACGGACAGUGGCAACUAUACAUUUCAAUUCAUCAAUUCUGAGGAUGAACAAUCAGAGGAGAUCCACCGACUCAUUGUUCAGG